AUGGAGGAUUGUCAUGGCCACGAACAUCCGCUCGAAAUUCUGGACACUCGCGUGCAGUGGGCCGAUUUGCAGACCCAUCUCCAAAAAGUGCUAAUGACCGACUCAAAAUGCCGCAAAACAUCUUUCGCGUCGAAGGCUCCAGGAUCUGUCGGUUUUCUCUCCCAAGUGGUCCUCAUCGAUCUCAAUUGGUUCCCUCCUAUCCCAAAGCUUCCCAAAAGGGUCGUCCUAAAAGUACCCAUCUCAAAAGCCCACGAAGGACUGCCAGAAGACGUGCCAACACCUCCCGAAAAAAUGGAGCCGCUUCUGAAGGCCCUAUUCGAAGCGGAGCGGGCCUUCUACGAAUUCUACCGUGUCCACGAACACACCGAGACCAGUUUGCCGCCCAUUCCGCAUUUUUACUACGCGGCUAGGUUUGAGGGAAACCAUGAAUACCUCGUCUUUGAAUGUCUACAAAACACGCAUUCCUUCCACGUCUGGGACAAUUUCAACGAAAAACAAAUUGAUCAGAUGCUGCACGCAAUCGCUCAAACGCAGGCCUUUGGCUAUCUGAACAAUUCCUCGUCUCAACCCGGUCUCAAUCUGCGGCUCCUCGACGUGCUCUACGAUGAAUGUUUCCCCCGAGUAGAAAUGGCCGAGUUGCUGCGGAAGAUGCCCGCUUAUUUUGGGCAGGAGCUGGAACCGUUGGUUGAGAAGGCAUUGGCCAGCUCGGAUGACUUCUACGAUUUGAGGGUUGAGGAGAGGAUCUGCGCAUUUUUGGGCAUCAGCCAAUCAUUAGUGCAUGGAGACGUGUGGAGCACGAACAUUCUUUGGGAUGCCGACGAUCAUGAUAAAUUGAGGGCAGUCCUUGAUUGGCAGAUGACGCGCCAUGGGUGCCCUGCCACCGAUUUGAUUCGGUUUUUGAAUACCUGUAUGAGUGGAGCACAUCGACGGCAGAAUUGGGAGCGAUACUUGAACAAGUUCCACGACUAUCUUCGCGUGGAGAUGCGAGGCCUCCCAUUACCGUAUACCGAGGCUCAGUUGGUCGAUUCCUAUAAACAAAUGUAUGCAAUGGAGACGCUUCUCUACAUGCCUCCCCUCAAUCCAAUCGUCGCCUCGGCCAACCUCGAAGUGGAGCCCGAGCUGGCAAAGAAGAGGAAGGAAACCGUUGCCGAGAAGGUCAGAUGCAUGCUAGAAGACAUCAUCCACUUUGCUCCAUUCGCUCCGCGCAGUACCAAAAAUAACUCCGAA